AGACAAUAAAGGAUGUAAUAAAGCACAUGACUACCAACAUGACCAAAGGGUUUGUUUAAAAAUGGACAAAUGAUGGAUGAAAUCUGCAUGCAGUAUCAGAGUAAUGGAUAUGGCAGGAAAGACUUUGUCCUUCAAUCAAUGUUUGACCUUCAAAACAGAAAGCUUCUGUGUGAUAUUACCAUAGAAACAAAACAGGAAGUUGUUAAUAUUCAUAAACUUGUGGUGGUUUCAUCAGAAAGUAUCAAACUUCAGCAUGAUAUUUUGAAUGAUGGCCAGUCCAGGAUAGACUGCUCAGCAUAUAAUGUUGAAGUUGUGAAUGCAUUGGUUAGGUAUUUAUAUACGAGCGAUAUUUUCAUCAGUAGAAGAUUUCUCAAUGAAUUUGUAGAUAUUUGUAAGCAUUUUGGUUUAACUGCUGUAACUAAACAGUUAGAACUUUUUAUGACAAAGCAUGAUGAUUUUCCUUCAAAGAUAGAACCAGAUGUAUUGCAGCUGGAGGAUAAGGGAGAUAACUUGAGAACAAAUGAUAUUCAGGUAGGUGAAGAUGUGAAUAAAGGUGAAACAAUAGAAACUUUCAAAACUGAAAAGGAUGCUAUUCAAGAAGCAGAAAGUAUGAAAAUUCCUUUGAAUAAUGUUCUGGAAGACAGCUCCAUUGAUAGUAAUCUGGCUCAUUGUAGUAAUUUUACAAAAAUACAGGCGUAUCAUGAUACUAAAAAUAGAUUUAUAAUGGAAGAAAGUAAAGAUGAAGAACAGAUGAAUGAGUCGAAGGCUUUUUUUGAGGAUCAUUCUGAUGGGGUCAAUAUUUUGACCUCUGCAAAAAAUAAAAAUCAGUUACAACUCGUCGUUAACUGUGAGAAUAAAGGCUGUGGAGAAAUGUUUUUGAUAGACAGUAGCAAUUUACAGAAUUCUAAAAUUUGUGAUAGUGCAGCUGAUGAUAAAGUAUUAUGUAGCAAUAAAUCAGAUGGGAAGGAUUGCAGAAAUUCACCGGAGAAAAGAAAGAAAAUUACUACAGCAAAUCAGUCGGUCAAAUGUCAGAAAAAAUUGAAGAUCAGACUAAAUGACCAAAACGACAAUGAUACCAAUUCUCAAGAUCAAAAGCUUGAAAAGAAGAAGAAGGCAAUAAAAAGCCAAAUGUUUGAUUCAGAACAAAAUGUGUUAAAAAUUAGUGAUGAAAAAGAUUCUAAUCCUGAAAAGGUUUGCAGUCAACAUGAUAUGCAAAUUCAGGAAUCAGUUCCUGAUGUCAAAAACUCAAUAAAAGCUAGAAAACUCAAAAAGAAACUCAUUGAAAAUGAAAUAGGUAAAGGGAAGUAUAAGCUCAGAACGUGUAAGAAAUGUAACCUGAAGUUUUUUACAGAAUCAAGCUAUUAUAAUCACAACAAAGACACUCAUCCACAGAAAUGUUCAGUCUGUAACUGGACUGGGGCUUACGAAAGUUUGUUGGCUGAACACAUGUAUGGACAACACAAGUUAAUGCUUGAUCCAGUAAAGUAUCCAUUGAAGGAAUGUCCACGGGAGGGUUGUAAUUAUAAAGGUUUGAAGAAGCACCUGCUUUCUCAUUUGAUCCAAGUAUGUGACAAAAAGACCCAAGUUAUUUGUGACAUUUGUGGGUUAAAAGUGGCAUGCAAAUUUUCUUUGACAAAACAUAUCAGACAUUUACAUACCAAACCAGAAGAAAAACAUAAAUGUCAUAUAUGUGGAAAAGAGUUUUCCUGGAAAGAUUGGUUACAGAAACAUAUUCGUGUUAAUCAUGAAGAAAGGUUUCAGUGUCAUUUAUGUCCCUUUACAUGCAAUGGAGAGAAGCUGACAGCUGCUAAUCAUCUCUACACAAGACAUGGUAUUCCUUUACCACCUAAUAUCAAAGUGUAUCAAUGUGAAGAUUGUGAUUAUAAUACAGUAUUUAGAUUAGCUUUUGUUGGUCACAAGAAAACACAUACUGGAGAAAAGGAGCAUAUAUGUUCAGAAUGUUGCAAGGGCUUUAGAACUAAAUGGCAAUUGAAGUCCCACAUAAAGCGAUGUCAUUCUGAUGAAGAAAAAAGGAAAUGUGAAUUAUGUGAUUAUAUUGGAACAAAUUAUAGGGACCAUUAUGCUUCCCGUCAUUCAGAUGUAAAACCAUUUGCCUGUGAGAUAUGUGAAUAUAGAUGUAAACUGAAAGGCAACUUGAAGUCACACAUGAAACACAAACAUAAGAUUGAUAUCGUUACAACAAAGACUCUUUAUGAUAAAAUGAUGGAAUCUGGCAAAGGUUAUACUGAAUACAGACAAGCACAUAAUAGUAUGAAAGAAAUAUAAAACAAUAAUGGUCAUGAAAGAUGUUAGAGAGUUGUUCCUUGAUUCCAUUAUGUUAAGGAAAACAUAUAUAUAAGUUUUUAUGGUUCAGACAUUUCUUCAGAGUCUAGUAUAGCAACACAUCUGAAAGUUGAUAUAGUGACGACAUUUCAUAAUUGCAUGGAUUUCUGAAUAAGAAAGGUUUUGAUGAAUCUAUAGGCUGUUCAUUUAGAAUUCAAUAUUAUGAUUUUAUUAAUGUUGCAGAGUUCAUAUAUAUGUUAUGUGUUUGAUUGAUCACAGAAUUAGUAUAGGGUAGGUCUUGAGACCCAAAAGGCAAUCUUCAGAAAUCUAAAAACAAGGUCACAUUAAAAUUGCAUUAUAAAAUCACAGCUUUUAUUUUCAUUUUCAUAAAGUCUUCAUUCAGAUGAUUAAAAAAUGUGAUCAAUCAUAUAAUCAUGCAAUUUUAGUUUUUUGCCUUAACAUUGUUGAGGGAAUCAUUUGAGUGCUCCUUUCAUCCAUGACCACAUUCACAUGGGCUUACACAGCUAGAUCUCAUAAACCUAAAGACACACAGCCAUCUAAUAAGGUAUACAGAUGCAUCUUGGAGAGGUUGACCAUGUGCCUAAAGAUGAGGGUAAUAUGACCAUAUUACAGGUUCAAUUGCUUGGGUUAAGUAUAUUAAGUGUCAUAACUUGCAUAAAGUUUCACAUCUAAGACAAGUUUCCAUAUGCUAUGUUAGCUACAAUCAUAUAUUUUUAUGCCCCAUUUAAGGGCAUUAUGUUUUUUAGUCUGUGCCUCCGUUCGUCCGUUCGUUCGUCCGUCUGUCCUUCCGUCUGUCCCGCUUCAGGUUAAAGUUUUUGGUCAAGGUAGUUUUUGAUGCAGUUGAAGUCCAAUCAACUUGAAACUUAGUACACAUGUUCCCUAUGAUAUGAUCUUUCUAAUUUUAAUGCCAAAUUAGAGUUUUGACCCCAAUUUCACGGUCCACUGAACAUAGAAAAUGAUAGUGCGAGUGGGGCAUCCAUGUACUAUGGACACAUUCUUGUUUUUGUUAUGGUACAUCUAGUGGAGUAUAUUAUAUUGGAAUUCAAACCUCAGGCAUGUUUUAAAAGAGAGACAAACAUGGUGUAAGGAUCCAUACAUCUAGGGAAACUGGCCUUCAUUUGACCCUUCUCUGACUCUGAUUACAUUUUUUCUUCAAAUCUCAGAUAUAGAAUGACAUUCAAUUAUAUAACUUGGUGUAAGGGUCCAUGAUUCUGUGGAAUAUAGCAGCAUUUCACAAAGGUUUCUUUUCUUUGAUGAAUAUAAUAAAAAAAAAUAUUUAUAGGAGUGCAUGAUAAUUAAAAUUAUCAUCAUUUCUGACUGAUAAAUACAGCUGAUCUGCAAGGUAUACCAUCUAUUUGCCACAAUACGUCAUGUACUUUGCUACAACCUUCGAUAAAGCCGACAUUUUUUGACUAACGAAAGCUAUAUUUUUAUAUAGCCUAGUUGGUUGAGUGUUCUCAGUGCUGGACAUAGUUCAGGGGAUGGUACCAUGAUUUCAUAGAAGCAGGGGUUUGAUUGAGGGAAGAACAAAAAUUGCUGGUCUAAUGAUUUUGGGCUUUAUUUCAGAUGUUUUAUAAAUAAUGGUGUUAUCUCUGAAUAACCUAUCAUUAUUCGAUGGAGAAAGUCUGUUGUGAAGUUGUCACAUAUUUAAGAACAUUCCACAUGUUUACACUUUUUCACUGGGAGUAAUCUAUUCAUGAGAAAUUAGCUAUAUAUGCAUGUACCUUUUCGGUGAUUCUGAUUUGACAAAAAGAGGUCUCAGUAAUUAUUAUAACAACAUAAUAUUAAUAUAAUCAAUUUGAAUUCGAAAAUUAAGGUAGUUGUGUAGUGACUGUGUACCCAUAGAAGUGAAAGAUCUGCUAUUUCUUUCUUUUCUCACAUGUUUCUGAAUUGAAUUUAAUAAGACAAAUGUAUAUCAGUUUUUCAAAAUGAAGAAUGGUUGCAAAUACAAUUUUUGUCUGCAAUUUUGGUUCCUGAGAAGUGCUUAAAAAAUUGGUCAUAAUUAUAUUUAUUAAUAUUUGCAAUCACUUCUCUAAGACUGUAGAAUAGAUUUCAUCAUAAUCUGGAUCACUUCAUUGCUGUUAAAAAUGUAUAAAUCUCCAGUUCAAUAAUUACAAGCUAGAAAUUAGAAUAACAUUUAGGGUGUAUGUUCCUAAUACAUGUGUAAUGAAACAUCUGCAAUCUGGUAGUCUUCCCAAAAAAUUGAAAGGACAAAUUAAUGUUUAUCAGUUAUUUACUCUGUAGAGCAUAUUUGUUAAUUCUUUUUCUUAGUUUCUGGCUUCCAUACAGUGGAUCAAAUAUGCAUGAGAGUAGUAAUUUUAAGUGGAAUGUAAUAUGCAUUUUAAAUAUUUGUUGGUGUACUCCAUGUGCUCCUAAUGUAAGAUCUAUUUGAAUACUUUUAUGUGUUGUAAUAUCCCAAGGAUUAAACAGUUGAUGGGAUGUAUGAAUGAGUAGUAUUGAUCAUUUAUGUUUAUGAAUAAUUUUAUUUAUUUAGAAUUAUAUGUACUAUAAUGCAUACCAUUUGCUUGAAAAUUUUAUUUAUUUAAUAUUUAUAUGUAUAUGUUUAUUUUCUUAUUUAUACAUAUAUUUUUAUUUUCUUAUGUUAUGUAUGAUGUUGAGCAAUGUGUAGUUAAAUAAAAUGUAAUCUAUUGCAGAGAAAGAUUAUGACUCUUA